AUUCAGUUGCUACACAUUAACUGAGUCAGUUAUUCGGUCCAACAAAUUUGUAAUUUAAAAUAAAAACUUUUGGAUUAAAUGGAGAAAAAUGGUGCCGUCGACGCAUUUCAUCUCGUUAAAGAGGAAGAUCAUUCAAAAAUAGUUGCGGUGUUAAAGAAAAGGUUGCCAUACUCUGGGAAUGUUUUCAACAUGGCAUCAACUCUGCAUAAAUUCACGUCUGAAAUGAAAUGCUUCAGUCUGGAUGGGAAUCUUGGAGAGGAUGCAGUAAUUAUGAUCACAUUUACGAGAGAAGAUUACGGCCAAGAUAUAAAUAUCUCGCUUCCGGAGAAGUUCGAGCCAUCGGAGUACACCCGAGACGCGUUUGCAUCGACUAAAACAAUCGACUGGGUGGGACCACAUCUUUUUGUUUGUGUCGACAGGAGGAUUUCCACCCUCAUUUUCGAAAUUGAUACGAGGAAGUUCCGAAAUUCUGUGAUUUUUAAUCCCGCUUAUUCAUACUGGAUUAGCAAAGAGGACGCAGAAAAGUUUGGCUCCCAGAGUGACGGAGAUGGCGUUUCCGUAAAAAAACUGGAACGAAUCCAAGGCGUAAAAUUUAUCCUGGAAAAUUGGAAAUCUUCCCGUGCCGGGACGGCCAUCUAUGUCAAACGGAUCAUCGAGAACAGCCUGUCCGCCGGCGUGUACUGUGGCGAUCAAUUGAUGGCGGCCGCGCUCGUGUCUGGAUAUGGGCUUAUCGGUCCGAUAACAACGUCGGCACCAUUCCGGCGACAAGGCUGCGCAACGAAAUGUUUCAAAUUCCUGUUACAAGAGAUGGCCAAAGAGGGUUUGGCGCCGGUCAGCUCGUCCGCGCAGAAUAAUCGGAGCUAUGUCCAACUCCAUGAAAAAUUAGGGAUGACCGUGACCCACGAAUCGGACUGGAUUUUUCACACGGGCUCCGGUGCCGAUACCCGGCUUGGUCCGACGGCGGUGCAACCCGCUAAAAAGGUUAAGCUGUCAUAUUGAUAAGUGCAUAUUUUGUGUAUUUAUGAAGCUGUUAAAAGGAAUUUGUUGUUAUUUUGGUAAUAAAUAACUUGGUGGAAGAAUA